UUCACCACGUCCACACACACACUGACCGCGAGCGAGGCGGGAGAGGGAUUUUGUCGUGACAAGAAUGCAGAAGCAAAGUUUGCCGUGAAUCCUGAUUUACUUUAACAGAGGAGCGCGUGACACCAUCUCACAGGCUCAUUUUCUUCUUUUCAAAGGUGUAUACCUCCCACCCCGCCCCACCACGGCCCUCACCUGUGUGUUGCGGUGCUUCCCUUGUGAGCCGACCUGGGCCGGCAGCCCCUUCUUGCACCGCCCGCCGACCCGGCCCAUGGUCACCAUGACGCGCUCCAAAACCUUUCAGGCGUACCUGCCCAACUGCCACCGCACCUACAGCUGCAUCCACUGCAGAGCACACCUGGCUAACCACGACGAGCUCAUCUCCAAGUCCUUUCAAGGAAGUCAGGGCAGAGCAUAUCUGUUCAACUCUGUGGUGAAUGUGGGAUGUGGUCCCGCAGAGGAGAGGGUUUUGCUUACAGGGCUUCAUGCGGUGGCCGAUAUCUACUGCGAAAACUGCAAAACCACACUGGGCUGGAAAUAUGAACAUGCCUUUGAGAGCAGCCAGAAGUACAAGGAGGGCAAGUUCAUUAUCGAGCUCGCCCACAUGAUCAAGGACAAUGGCUGGGACUGAGCAAGCGUCCUGGAGAGAGCAAGCCGAUGACGGAUGGAUGGUGAAUGUGUGGGUGAAUGACUGACUUUGGUUUGCCAUUACCCUCUUAAACCCUCUUUUACCCUCCAUCUCCUGCUGACAUACACAAACACACACCCCCUUGCCUGACCAGAAACAGGAAAGCGGGAAGCCCUAGGGGGCUUUGUGUGUCUGGAGGAGAGUGUGAGCAUGUGUGAGCAUGUGUGUGUGUGUGUGUGUGUGUGUGUGUGUGUGUGUGUGUGUGUGUGUGUGUGUGUGUGUGUGUGUGUGUGUGUGUGUCCGCCCGGCACAUGGGAGCACACUGAGAUACAUGAAUGCAUACACAAGGUGUACAGACAUACGUGUGUAAAAACAACAGUAUACCGCAUGUCAUGCUCAUCUCAGCCCGACUGUUUAUACUACAAGCGGCUCUAUUCAUAUGCGUACAUGACAUAAGGCAGGGCUCAGAGGGCAUGUGGUGCUUGGCAGGAUCAGGGUCACGAGUUCUCCGAGCUGAUGGGGCUUUCUCCAGUUUGUGUCAGUGAGAAACUACCAGGCUGACCUCUGCCAAUUCAGCUGAGGUUAGCACCAUCUGCGCCCGUGAGGAGGCCUGGCAUGAAGAGAUCUCUGAAUGGAGCUCUGACAGACCAAUAGUGAUGGGUCGUUCUUGAACGAUUCGUUCAUUUUGUUUGACUCGAGAACGAUGAGUCCUCUCAGGGAGUGAUUCGUUCAUUGUGCAGGUGGAGUAGAAGAUUUGUUCCUUCUUCGAGUCUUCUAUCGGGUUUGAGUCAUUUGUUCAUCACGUGAAAGAAAGAAGCCAAUCUUAUGCAUUUAGAGCCGGAAAAGGAUUUGAUCCGUUCAUCUCUCGAGUCCUUGGUUUGAGUCCUUCGUUCACCAAGUAAAAGACAGAAGCCAAACAUAUACAUUUAGAGCCGGAAAAAGAUUCGAUCCGUUCAUCUCUCGAGUCCUUGGUUUGAGUCCUUCGUUCACCAAGUGAAAGACAGAAGCCAAACAUAUGCAUUUAGAGCCGGAAAAAGAUUUAAUACGUUAAUUUCUUGAGUCCUCGAGUUUGAGUCGUUCAUUCAUCACAUGAAAGACAGAAGCCAAUCAUAUGCCAUCAGAGCCAAAAAAAGGAUUUGAUCCGUUCAUCUAUCGAGUCCUCGGUUUGAGUCGUUCUUUUAUCACGUGAAAGACAGAAGCCAAUCUUGUGCAUUUAGAGCCGAAAAAAGAUUUGAUCCGUUCAUCUCUCGAGUCCUUGGUUUGAGUCGUUCGUUCACCAAGUGAAAGACAGAAGCCAAACAUAUGCAUUUAGAGCCGGAAAAAGAUUUAAUCUGUUAAUUUCUCGAGUCCUCGAGUUUGAGUCGUUCAUUCAUCAAAUGAAAGACAGAAGCCAAUAAUAUGCCAUCAGAUCCGUUCAUCUAUCGAGUCCUCGGUUUGAGUCGUUCUUUUAUCACGUGAAAGACAGAAGCCAAUCUUUUGCAUUUAGAGCCGGAGAAACAUUUGAUCCGUUCAUCUCUCUAGUCCUCAGUUUGAGUAGUUCGUUAAUCACGUGAAAGACAGAAGCCAAUCAUAUGCCGUCAGAGCCAAAAAAAAGAUUUGAUCCGUUCAUCUAUCGAGUCCUCGGGUUUGAGUCAUCUCUCUUAACAUUCUGUCAUGUGAUGAAUGAAAAACCCAAAACCCAGAAACCCAGAAGACGCGAAAGGGGAACUAACUCCUUUCGGCUCAGACUGUGUGCUUUGGUUGAACUUAUAUGGGACUGUUAGUGUGACUUGAACGAACCACUCAAAUUUGAAGACCUGUCAGAAGAGGUGAGCUGACAUAAUCAUAGACUGAAGACCAGUUAAACAAUAAAUGAUUAUUUUAACUUUCUUAUAGCAUUCUAGUUAUGACUUGUUUGUAGUUUAAGCAACGAUUGGGCUAGUAGUCGAUGAGUUUGGAAGCAACUCGUACCAUUUUAAUAAUAUUUUGGCAAAUUGAAUGAAAAGGCUUGAAAAAGUAGCAUUCAUCUCAAUGAACGAGACUCAAAGGUCCGAGUCAGUAAAAUGAUCCGAACUUCCCAUCACUACAGACCAACAUGAGAAGCCUAGAGGAGUAGUUUACUCAAAAAUGAAAAUUGAGUCCAUUUUUAAGUCUGGUGCUGUUAUAGUAGGACAGUUUUUUUCACACUAGUCCAUAUAAUGGUAAUAAUCCGCAACCAGUAUUAAGGUUUUAAAAAGAUGCAAAUGUAUUGCAGAAUGGUCACAUGUGAUUUUAUAUAUUCCAGGCCCAUAAUGCUUCAAAUAUAUGCCAUGUGUAGCAUGAGGCUAUUCUUUAUUAAUGCUACAUCCUUUUUUAAAACACAAUGCUGGUUGCUAUUCAAUGCCUUUUAUAUGGACAUUUUUGUGGAGAAAAUAUAAAGGACAUACAGCAUUGUGACAAUGCCAGAAUGAGUAAAUAAUGAAUGAAUUUUGAAUUCUGAGUGAACAAUCCCUUAAAAGGGCUAGCUCACUCAAAAAGUGUCUGAAGGUGGUCACAUUUAUUGUUAUGAGGCAAAAUUUCACUGAUGAAAUCUGGGUAUUUCAGUAGGAAUCCUUGUGUUCAGACAGAAGAAUUUGUUGAAGUUGGUUUCCUAAGUUGAACCAGUUGAAGUUGGAUUUAUAAAUUUACUUACUGACAAACAGAAGGCAGAAGUUACAUUCAGAUUGUCAGUCCAAAACGGCUCCUGUGUUUGUCUGAUUGGAAUCUAAUCUCACUGAUUGGCUGUUAAAACUGUAUAUUGUAGUUGGUCAGAUCCGUCAGAUUUGUGUCUCUUUGCAGAUGUUCAUUUUACAGAUGAUCUACAUUUGUUUCUAUGGCAAUUAUAGCUUAAAACAUGAAAACUGAGGGUUUUGAAAGACAGAUGUCUUACAACACAAAAAAAUGGAAAGUUAGUAUGUAUUGCUAUAGUCCAUGCCAAUGUCUUUACUGUUCCUUAAAUUCAAAGGGGUGUGUAGACCAGGUAAUCUUUACUUUGAGUAAAUGAUGUUGUCCUGGUGGCCUCAUUGGGUUACAACCUUUUACUUGGUCAAUAUGUAGCUGAGAAUGAGAGUUACAACCUAGGUCCUAGGUCAGAUUCUUGCCAGGCCAAAAAUCUGAGAUGAAAACUGCCUGCCUUGUUUGGGAGUUUUCAAGUAUCUCAGGGUUUAGAUGUGAGGAUAGAUUGUAGCAUCUCAAUACAGGGAUCGGUUGGAUCGGUGCAGCAGUACAACAUCUGAAGUACCAGACUUUCAUGGUGAAAGGGGAGCUGAGCCUGAGGGCAAAGCUCCCAACUUUCCAGCUGAUUUGGGUUCCAGCCCACACCUAAUGUCAUGAGCUUUAUUUGGGGCAGAUAGUACGAUUGCAGACACCACAGGAGCUCAGUGGUUAGCACUGUCAUCUCACAUCAAGAAAGUCACUGGUUCGAGUCCUGGCUGAGCCUCCUAGACACCAACAGGUGGAGGUGUUUUAACUGAAAGCUGAAAGAGUGUUUGAGCAGACCCUGCGAGACACGGUAAAAAGCUCAGACAUCCUGAAAGAAAUCAAAAGCCACUGCUCCUUCACGAUGACAGGAACCAGUUGAAGUGAUU